AUGGACGAUAGCAGUAAAAUCAAGCCGUACAUUGCGCACCUCGACGGUGAGCUGAAAAAGCUGGCCAAAGGCAUCGAACAGUUUACGUCAAAGUCGCUCGAUGAACAGCUAUUAGAAAAGAAGAGCGAGCGAGAAAAGUUGGAUCUCACUAACCGCUAUGCUUAUGUAUUGUCGUCGUUGUUAUUCGCCUACAUGAAGCUGCUGGGCGUCAAGGACAUUACGCCCAUAAAGCAAGAGUUGGAUCGCGUGAAACGCUACAUGAACCUUGCAAAACAACUAGAUCAAAAGAACGAGGGUAAAACCCAGCACAAAAAAGAUGAGCAAGAGCGCGCGAAGAAACUCAUAAAUUCUGCACUUGAUGGGAGAGCUUCAACGCCUGCAAUCAGCAAAGUCAACUUUGAGGGCAAGCAUACAAGAUUCGAAGAUCAGCCGGUGGUUUCUCCAGAGGAUCGCGAGAAGCUGUCUCAGGAACGUCAAAAGCAAGUUCCUGAGAAUAAACGUAGUAAAGGCGGUAGCCCUAGAGGCAGAGUAUCAAAGAAGGGCAGGAAAUAG